AUGGCACAGAAUACACAGAAUACCACAGAAGCGCCAUUUGCCAAUGCUUCCAUGUACCUCAACUCGGUUUGUCCUGGGUACACAAAGCUAGAUGAGAAUUUACACUACCCACUACCGAAUAAUGUUCCAGCAUCGACGUUGGAAGUCGCAUGGCCAAUGACAAAUGGCAAACUGAUAAAUGCAAAGUUGAAAUUGGAAAAUGAGUAUUUAAACAUUGCUCGUCCACCUUUGGGCACGUUUGAGUCGACUACUUAUGUAUCUUUACCCCUUCAUGUAGUGAAUGCUUUCAAGGAAAAGGUAUUGCGUUGCGAUAAGCGACUGGAUGGGAAUAUGCACAUUGGAGCAAAUGUCAAUCCUUUAACACAAGACCCAUUUCGAAAUCCUAAUAUGAAUCCAGGUGCAUUGACGACAAUAGUGGAAACAAAGACCAGAUUUCAAUCAAAGAAUCCGUUCAAUAAGUUGACUACAAAUUUGAACAAGUUGUUUACGAAAGAUGAGUUUUAUGAUAAUGUGGAAGCAUCAGAUGUGAGUAUAUUGAGUUACAAUGAUGAUUUUGCGUCAUGUGGGAAACUUUUGAUAUCAGCAAAUGUUAAUGUGCUUAAUGUAUUGGGGCUAUCGGAAUCAUCAGAAUAUGAGCAUACAAAGGUUAUAAAUGGGGGGAAUGAAUCAACGCAAAAGAUGGAGCAGCCCUUGCUACGACUACAAUUUAGCAACACUUGCAUUAUAACGUCAUUAACCGCAAUUGUGUUGAAUGAAGAGCCAAUAAUCAUUUUUGGUUGUAAUCAAGGUAAGGUUCUGAUUAUAAAGCCAAGGAGUAUGAAGAUGAAACAGAUUGAUUUGAAUUUGAAUUCCCAGGAACAAUCAUUACAUGUGGUGAAUGUAUCUACUUUGCAUGCAAUCAGACAUCCACUAUAUGACUAUCUUAUUGUUGCUGGAACUUCCAAUGGUGAGGUUUUCAUCCUCAAUCCUCUUGGGAGAAACGAAAUGCAAAAUUACAGAAAAGAAGUUGUCGGCACUGAUUCCUAUGUGACGUAUUUCCGCAAGUUUGACCUAAGUGUUUUUGGACAAGCUAGUGAUGACCAAUUGAUUGGCCAUUUUAAAUUGUGUCAUAAAUCAAUCACAACGAUUUCAUCAACAAUGUUGGUGGAAGAUCCAAUGCAAAAUGACAUGCAGCCAUUAUUGUUGGCGGUGGCAUCUGAGGAUGGAUUUGUUAAAUUUAUCGAUUUCAUGUUUUCUUACCGCCUUGAUCAGGAGGAAAUUGUCAAUAGUAUAGUCACGGAUAUUGUAUCAAAUUAUUUCAAUACCGGUGUAUCUGAUGUGAAGUUCAGCCCUGAUUUUAAAUUUUUCACCAUUGUGGGUAAAGGUGACUUGAUAGAGGUAUUCAAAAUGACAUAUUAUAAUAUCAGUGGACUAUUGAGAAAACCUGAACGUCAAGGCAGGUCUAGAAGUGGAACUGUCAAUAGUCACAAUUCACAUUACAAUUCCAUGACGGCCACUCAAAGUUUACAGGAGCAGGUUCCAGAAAGGCUGUAUCCACCGAUUAUCAAGUCGAUAGAGAUUGUAUGUCGAUUCAAAGGGCAUACAAACUCAGUCAAGUCGAUUCAAUUUUUCAAGGAGAUUAGUGAAUCACUGCUGGUUUACAAACUUUUUAGUUGUGGCAAUGACGGCAAGGUAUUUGGAUGGGAGUUUGAUUAUAAAGCUGUACCCCGGAUUAAAAAACCUCACGUUGUGGUACAAAGCAAACCACGAGAAAGUAGAAGAUCAAUCCAUGAAAAGAAAAACAGUAUUCAUAUUGUGACGCAUAGCCCUAGUCCUGGUCCUGUACACUCAAGAUCUUCACACCGGAGAAAUAUGUCUUCAGAUCCAAUUUUGAACACUCCUUCAUUUACUAAUUUGUUGUCCACCAAAAGCUUAAACUUGACGAGUGUGUUACUGGAUGACCAUUCGCCAAAACCUAAACCAGUUGAGACAGUUAUUUCCCUUUACAAGCAAUUGCUUGACAUAAGAGGCAAAAAAAGUCCUCAAAAGAAGUUCAUUCAGAGUAAUACCAUCAUAUCGCCAAUUGUCAAUGACAAAUACUUGCCUUCGAUAUCAAUACCAUUAGUAACUAUAGAUUUGACGAGUAUUGUACCCGAUGGUAAGAUCGAUAAUGUUUUUAUUGACAAACAAGUAGUGUGGUGUUUUUGUAAAAAUGGCGAUCUAUUCAAGUAUACAGUACAUAGAGAGUAG